AUGACCUUGACUUCAGAGUGCCACGGGCGCUGGGGGCCUCUUGAAGACCCCUCGCCACAGGGCGUCCCAACCGUGGACGUGCCCCCUGACCGGACCUGCAGCCAAACCACUCGCGGCGCUUUCGCCCGUUUCCUUCGAAGAAACCGUGUUUCCACGUUCCAGAACAUCCAAGACCACCCACGCUGGUCCCGGGGCCCUGCGCGCCCCACUCACCGGCCGCCUCCGGCCGAGCACCCAGACACACCCCGGACGGGUCCCGCACUUGGAGCGGAACCGGAGUGCGCGGGGCUUGGGGAAGUCGGAAGGAUUAAAGAGAAACCCACGCGUCGAGCCGCUGCCCCGACGCCCCUCGGCUUUCCUAGGAUCGCAGGCGCUCUUCCCCUCAGACUGCAGCUGAUCAUGCCCUGCUCCGUGUGCGGGAUCAAUCACGGUCUAGCAGCCGCCUGAACCUAAGUCUCCUGACACGGACGACCACUUGCAAAACAGGAAACAUACUGGGAGUGGGCAACAUAUCGGCAGCGGUCGCAGCUCUGCGCAUGCGCCGGAGAGCCAGCGAGAGCCGGGCUGUGCUGGGAUUCACUUUCCUGGAGGUUUUUGCAAAGCCUCUCCCCUGGUAUGUGAGAGGCUAGAGGAAGGGAGUCUGCGAGAGCUCCCGAAGACCGCCUUAAUACACUGCAAAAUACAGCCCAGACCGGUAGUUCAUAGAGUUUUAAAUAGCGUACCCAAGUAAAUCACCAAACGAGCUUGUUAAAAUACAGCUUCACAAGGUUUACACUCCGAGACCGACUCCCUGGCCUGGAAAAUUACAUUUUCAACGGGCAUCUCAGUUGAUUCUGAUGCAGGUGAUCUCCAGCCUGUCUGGAGAAACUGGCUUUAUUGCACGAUCUAGAUGCUUAAAAUACAGUUAACCGCAAGACACUUCUCAAGUUUCACCAAAAGAGAAAAGAUGAAUAAAAUCAGGACACUACCCUAAUCUAGUGGAUUUUUUAAAAUUCUAUUUAUUUUUAAUAUAAGGCAAUGAAGUUGCACAAUUUGCCCUGGGAGUUUAGGGCAGGAAAAACUUACGGAAGGAGGUACAUGGGAGUGGUUUGACUAAUGGAAGAUUUAAUGGAAAACAUAGAGGAGGGCAACCUUACAAAUAGUUGAGAAACUAGAAGAGUGGAAAGCAUGUGCAAAGCUGUGGAUUUGACAGCUGUGCACAAGUACCAUAGAAACAUCAAGUAAGUAUAAGACAUGAGCCAUGAAGUAUAAAGGAGCAGGAUCCAAAUUAUAAAGCUGGAAAGAAUUAGAUAAAAUCUAAUUUUAUCAUUUCCUAUUUUUAAGACAAAAACACUUUCAAAUUGUGGUACUACGUUUAACAUUAAAGUUACCAUUUUAAAGUGGUACAAUAAAGUUUUUAGUGUAUUCACAACAGCACCAUCACUAUCUAAUUCUAGAACACUUUCGUCAUCCCUAAAGAUGCCCAUUGAACGGUCUAUUCCCUCCUCCCCACAGUCUCUGCUAACCUUUAUUUUACAUUGUGUUUCUAUGAAUUUUCCUGUUCUAGAUAUGCCAUAUAAAUGAAAUAAUACAACAUUUGUUUAUUU